AUGAUCACCAGCAUUCUCUACACAUGCUGUCUCUUAUGUCCGCUAUAUCUGAUAUAUAAGCCACCACGCGCACUCAUCCAAUAUUUCCAACAUCGCUGGCCCGAUGUACUAUUCCACCACCCCACAGCCCAAAAAGUCAUCGCGUUAACCAUCGACGAUGCCCCCUCGUCACAAACACCCGCCAUCCUCAACAUCUUACAAUCGCACAACGCAAAAGCAACAUUCUUCGUGAUUGGAUCCCAAGUCUCCGGCCACGAAACAGAUCUGACCGAUCUCGUUCGCCACGGAAACGAACUAGCCAAUCAUGCCAUGCACGACGAACCCUCGCGCUCGUUAAGCGACGCGACACUAUCAGAGCAAAUAUCCACCGUCGAACAAAUGAUCCGAGACGUGUACCGCGAAGCUGGUCAGGAUGGACCUGAGAAUUGGUUCUUCCGACCAGGCUCGGGGUUUUUCAGUUCCCGUAUGCGCAGGCUCGUUAAGGGGUUGGGGUAUCGACUGGCGCUGGGGGAUGUCUAUCCUCAUGACCCGCAGGUACCGUUCGCAAAACUCAAUGCGAAGCACAUCCUCAGUAUGGUGAGGAUGGGAAGUGUUGUUGUUUGUCAUGAUCGGAGGGAGUGGACGGUGCCGAUGUUGGCGAUAGUCUUGCCGGAGUUGCGGCGUCGUGGAUAUCGGGUUGUCACGCUGUCUGAGCUGCUGAAAGAGACUAAAUUGGACUCGGCUUGA